UCUAUAUGGCUUUGAAAGGCCUUUAGCUUACGUUUUCACACGUUGCACCGCGCUUUUCGCGAUGCUGCUGAGUGACCUUGUUGUUUAUUUGUUCACAUUAUUUAUUAGUGUUUAUGGUGAUGACAGAAAUUCCUGUGCACUUGCCGGCUUUACUCCCUUACUAAAAUGUUCGUCAUGUUUAGAAUUGAAGAAAUUCCAGUUGCAAAAGCUUGAGACAUCUUGUACUCAGUGCUGUGAAGAUGAAAAUCUGUCUGCUAUAUCCAAGAAAUAUGCUUUUGCUGAACUGGUGGCAUGUUCCUGAUCUUUGGAACGCUAUCCCCAAGUGCUCGCAUUCAUCGACAGUAAGGAGAGAAAGAAAAUGACCAACCUGAAAGUGGUAUACGAAAGAGGUCACAGACCUGCAGUUCGUAUGCUUAACGAAAAUCGGCAAGUACAAGAAGAAGUUCCAGUCGACACUUGGGAUAGCGAUACAAUAACUGAAUUCCUUAAUGAACGUCUAACGCAUUAGAAACAGCACAAUCAUUCUUUUAUUAUUCAUGGCCUAUCAUUUGCACUUGUGAUCUGUAUGAUGAUGCAUGAACUAAACUUCUUCCAUGAAAUGUUCUGCAUCUGAUGUUUGAUCCAAAGUGCUUAUGAUAUACAUUGUAUUAAUUUACAUCGUGUGCUGAUUCUUUCUGUAAAGUUUUCUUUUGCUGCCUUUUCUUCUUAUAUGCUAGAAAGUACUUUAUGCAUAAUUUUAUGUGCUUGUUUAAAAAACACCAUUGAAAAAGAUUUUAUACCAUAAUAUAUAGUAUUUUAUCGCUUAGCAUGAGGUAAACUUCAUGUCGUUUUUUAUUUGUUAUGGAUUUUAUUACGUUCAUUUAAAUAAAUGAUGAACAUUCUGUAAACUUUUAAGUCUGAAAGUAUUCUUUGAGUAAAAAUCUUUGUAUUAAAUUUAUUUUUGUUUUUGAGAGAGACCCCGCUUCGAUGAUUUUCAUAUUAUAAGCUCCUACUGCU